UGUGCAGAGACCUGUGCCCUGGAAGAAGCGAGGGCAGGGAGUAGGCGGACGUGUACUUCGCCACGCCUUUGCUUGCUGGGCGUUGCAAACGGCGAAGAGUCAGCCCUGCAAGGAAGUCAUGGUGCUGGCUUCUCGACUGUGGCGCUUUCUCCCUUCGGGGCGUGUUGCGGUCCCGGGACCUCGGCUUCGGACGGGGGCUGCAGGCGGGCGCGGAAAGUGCGUGCCUCAGCGAUUCGGCGGCAUAGAGGUGACAGGAAACCCAGGCGCUUUCAGAAGAAGUCUUAUAUUCUCAGCCUUGUCUUAUUUGGGUUUUGAAACUUACCAACUUCUUUCUUCGGCUGCUGUGGUUCAUGCCACAGCCAAAGUAUUCAGAGUUGAAGAAGUCCUGCAACAAGCAGAUUACCUCUAUGAAAGUGGAGAAACUGAAAAACUCUAUCAGUUGCUGACCCAGUACAAGGAAAGUGAAGAUGCAGAAUUACUAUGGCGUUUGGCUCGGGCGUCACGUGACAUGGCUCAGCUUAGCGGAACCUCAGAAGAGGAGAGAAAAGCCCUGGUAUAUGAAGCCCUAGAGUAUGCAAAAAGAGCACUAGAGAAAAAUGAAGCAAGUUUUGCAGCUCAUAAGUGGUAUGCAAUCUGUAUUAGUGAUGUUGGAGAUUACGAAGGCAUCAAGUCUAAAAUUGCAAAUGCCUACGUUAUCAAGGAGCAUUUUGAGAAAGCAAUUGAAUUGAACCCUAAAGAUGCUACCUCAAUUCACCUAAUGGGUGUUUGGCAAAGUGAAAUUGGUUCACUAACCACUGUGGAGGAGCACAGGGAGGGAGCCUCAGAGGACCCCCACGCCUUGAGUGCAUCUGAGAACAAGUCACCUGACUCUGAGUGUCGUCUUGUUUCUGUGUAACUUUGUCCAGCAUGUUUCAGCUUGUUCACUUGAUUGAAGAAAUGUCUGAACACAGGCCUGGCACUGUCUUCUUUGUGUGUAGUCUGCAGAGCUAAAUAUUUAUUGUCUUCUAAGAGGUGACAGUGUAAACUGUUCUGAAACAAACUUUUCUCAUAGAGGGAAAUCUUCAGGACAAAGGACAUACUAAACUAACCCAAUGUCUGCAGUAACUGAGUCAGAUGUUUGUGAGUAAACAUGAGUUCAGACCUAGUCGAAGACCCAGCACUUUCUUCCUACUCACCUCAGAAAGGCGUCAAGAUCUUUAGAUGUCAGUCAUUUGCCUUACCCUUUUAAACAUAGACACUUAAAACUGUUGGUUGCAAUUGUUUUUUAUGCAUACCCUGUUUGGUUUUGUCACUUUUCUUAAUCCUUUUUUAACAUUUCUGAGUUACUUUUUCUCAUUAAAAAAAAAUAGAGUAAUGAUCCUAUUUCAUAAGCAGAUGAGAGGAAUUCACUGAACCCAGCACCUGGGACAGUGUGAGCACUCUGGGCGAAUGACACGCUGUUAUUACUAGUACUGUUGUGAACUGUUUAUAUUUGAUCACAAAGUACAUCCUAAUUGAUGGGUCAGUAUAAAUGUCAGUCUCUGCACAAUUCAGUAUGGCUGUUUACUUACUAAGCAUUAGGUCCACUAGGAAUUUUUUAAAUAGACAACG